AAAAUAUGAAGAUGCUGUGCAAGGCUUAUCUUCUAUGACUUGACUCUUAACAGUUAAAGAGAUAGAGAGAGAGAGAAGUAUAAAACGCUAGGCUUAAAAGGUGGGUACACCAGCCCGCCAUUAAUGCAAUUCUUCCCACCUUCCUCUAAAAGUCUAUCUCUUUCUGUCUCUCUUCUUUUGCGACCAUCAUCAUUAUUCACUUACUAGUUGGCCGGUUGCCAUUACUAAUCAAGAAACAUUCAAGCUAUUGGUACAACCUGGUCAACUCCUCUCUCUCGAAACCUUUUUCUUUUAGGUCCUUACGUCCUUUCUGCUGAGGUUACUCUGAUUCUGUGUUGGGUUGGGUUGGGUUGGUUUACAGAGAACAAAGGUGGGCUGUUUUUCUCUUCUUUUUUGGUGGUUAAGCUUUUUGAGUGUUCCUUUCUAGUUUUCUUUAUCUUCUUUUUCAUUUUCUUUGGAGUGCUUCAGUUUUUGGUUUCAACUUUUAAAUACAACAACUUGAUGUUGUAAUGAAAAGUGGUCGGUUUGGGAUGGUUUAUUUGAUAGACAGGACAAGAAGAAGAGGGGAAGAGGGUGGUUUGAUUUGAUGGGGGUUUGCUUAAGUACCAGAAUUAAUGAGAGCCCCAGUAACACAGGGCUAAGUUCAAAGUAUGUUAGCAGCGAUGGGAAAGAUACGAGCAGUACAAGCAGCAAAGGCUCAUCAUUUUCAGCCCCUAUGACACCUCGGAGUGAGGUUGAGAUCUUACAGUCCCCUAAUCUGAAAAGUUUCAGUUUUGCUGAUCUCAAAAUGGCUACAAGGAAUUUUCGUCCGGAUAGUUUGCUAGGAGAAGGUGGUUUUGGCUCGGUGUUUAAGGGGUGGAUUGAUGAAAAUUCAUUUACUGCUGCCAAGCCUGGAGCUGGCAUAGUUAUUGCUGUGAAAAGGCUUAACCAGGAAGGAUUCCAAGGUCACAAAGAGUGGUUGGCAGAGGUGAAUUAUCUGGGACAGCUUUAUCAUCCUCACCUUGUGAAAUUGAUUGGAUAUUGCUUGGAGGAUGAACACCGUCUGUUGGUGUAUGAAUUCAUGCCUCGUGGGACUUUGGAGAAUCAUUUAUUCAGGAGAGGUUCUUAUUUCCAGCCUCUUUCUUGGAGCCUUCGCUUGAAGGUUGCUCUUGAUGCUGCAAAGGGGCUUGCCUUUCUUCACAGUGCUGAAACAAAAGUGAUAUAUCGAGACUUCAAGACUUCCAACAUCUUGCUUGAUUCAAACUACAAUGCAAAGCUUUCUGAUUUUGGGUUGGCCAAAGAUGGGCCAACAGGUGAUAAGAGCCAUGUUUCUACCAGGGUCAUUGGGACCUAUGGAUAUGCUGCUCCAGAGUAUCUAGCCACAGGUCAUCUAACUGCCAGGAGUGAUGUCUAUAGUUUUGGAGUUGUGCUGCUAGAGAUGUUAACUGGCCGUAGAGCUGUUGACAAGAAUCGACCGUCUGGAGAACGUAAUCUGGUGGAAUGGGCCAAACCUUGCCUGGCCAACAAACGUAAAAUGUACCGCAUCCUAGAUAACCGCCUUGAAGCCCAGUAUUCAACGGAAGGAGCCUAUAAGGCUGCUACCCUUGCUUUGCGAUGCCUGUCCACAGAUGCCAAAUUCAGACCAAGCAUGAAUGAGGUUGUAACAGCAUUGGAGCAGCUCCAGGAUUCCAGUGAAUCUGGAAGCAAUCAGAACAAUAAUAGCAGCACACCCCGGAUAGGUAGGCGAAGUUCUGGUGAAGCUAGUGAUGGAAGGAGUACUGUUGCAUACCCUCGGCCAUCCGCUUCCCUUCUUUAUGCCUGAGAAUGGAACAAAGGCACACGAAAAAAGCUGCUUUCCUUCUAACUAUAUUCAGGUGGCUUCAUAACAAUCUCUGGAACUCAGGCAUUCACUUUUUUAUGCUCUGCGACUGUAUAGUUCUUGUUUUAGCUAAUGUACUUAAAACCAAUCUUCGCGACAAGUUCAGACCCACAACAAGGGGAAUGUGCGCAAUGCUGUAUUUCUUUUGAGAUUACAGUGUUUGUAGUAAAGGGUGUAAUUGCUUUUCUAUGACCACAGUCAGGUCUUGCUUUUCCAGCUAGUUCAGUGAGUUUUAUCAUCAUAUUAUUUUAAUUUU